AUGGAGAUUGACCAAAUCCUCGAACGAUUCACCAACGCGCUAAACGGGUCACUACACGGUGCAGGAUUCAAUGUUCUUGACCAUUCAGGGAAGGAAAUCUACAGCAACUCCGUUGGCAAAGCCAAUUUUGACCAUGACAACAUAAACACGGUUACCCCCGACUCUCUGUGUUGUAUUGCGUCAGUGACGAAGUUUGUCAUGGCUGUGGCUGUGAUGCAGUUGGUUGAACGAGGUAUAAUCUCUAUGGAUGAUGAUGUUCGCGCAAUCAUUCCAGAGCUGAGAGAUAUGACAGUUUUCGAGAACACAGACCUGGUACUAGUUGACUCUACUACCUAUAUUGCACUUGGAGCCUCGGAUCUAAUGAUCACAGGUGGGAGCGUCUCAUCAUCGCCGGCCUAUACUAAGCUUUUACCUAUUUUGAAAUUCCACGAGAAAGGCAUGGAUUCCACUGAUGAUCCGUAG